CACCCCCUGGCGGUCGCGCACUCGGACGUGGUGGCGGCAGCGCCACCUUCAGAGUUCCCUUCUCCCACCGCCACCAAGCCGUCCACUUCAAAGCUCUCAACUCGCGCCGCGGUCGUGGUCGCGCUUCCAACUCCCGCCGCGGUCGCGCUCGCAACUCCCGCCGGGAUCGCUCCGGGGGUUGGCCGCAGUCUCCAUCGUGUCAGGAUCAUGUCGCUGAACAAACACCUGUGUCGAGCUCGAGCAAGUUGCUUGGCACAUUGAAGGAAUCGUCCACCACUACCACUUCCUCGUCCACUCCACAGGCUCUACUUCGUGACACCACAGAGACAUCGGCAUCACCAGGGCGCUGCCUUUCCUCAUCUCCUGGUCCAACCAUCCUGUUCCACCAACAUCCUGAUUGGUAUUUGAAAUUUUACAUCAGGAUCGAUCGCUCAAGAUCUUGCCACACAUAUCCUGAUGUGGGUGGACCAUUCGAGAGCUUACAAGCAGCUCAAAAUGCUAUUGACUGCCAUCUUCAUGGCCUCCAGCAUGAGACGAUGCGCAAGGAAUCAUUAGACAAGCUUUCUCCAAUGGAUGGGCUUAUACAGCGGUCUCUUUACUGGCCUGAUGGCAGCAGGAGAAAAUAUUCAGAUGCAGCUGCUUCUAAGAAUACUCUUACACAAACGGGACAUUUGCUUAAAGCUGUAGUGGACAAGUACAACGACGAUCACAAACUUUCUGGGGAUUGUGCAUAUGAACUAAAAGAUGUUUUGAACUAUCAAACAAUGCGGGAGGGGAAUAUUUGGUACAGUCAUUUCAACUUCACUACAAAGGCAAAAGGAGCUGGUGUUGUCGACAAUCUAUUUUUUGCUGAAGUGGUGCAAGGAGAUGAAAUGGUGGUCACCUGUUUCUGCAUGAUCAAUACUGAUGCUAAUGGUCGCUGCUAUGGUUGUAUAAAUAAUGGAAGUUUUGGUAUGAAGCACCCCAAGGAAGCUAACACAUACAAUGCUGGUCACCUGGACGCUUAUUUGCUAUCUGAAUGUACUGGAGAGAGGGAUGUCUCAGGUGGUGAUGAUGAUGAUGAUGAUGAGGAGGAGGAGGACGAGGAAGAUGUGAAGGCUGAGGUGGAUAGACUGAGACAUAUUUACAAGGGCCUUGAUGAUCCACUUUACCUGAAGAAAAUUUCCACAUCUCCGUAUGCAACAGCUACUUUCAUUGAAGACUAAGAGGGUGUGGCAUAGUGGAACGUCAUAUCCCCUUGAAGUUUGAUGUUAACUCUCUGAAACAUAUUUGCUAUUUUCUUUUGCUAAGCAUUCACAAAAAAGACAUCUUAGAUUGACAUUCUGAGAAACCAUUUGGUUUGGGCUGGACUUAUUUGUAACAAGUAAUUAGCCACUAGUUUCUGGUUUCCAGUUGUGUUUUGUAUUAUUAAAAGCUGUGAAUGAAGUGGGUCACACUUGAUCCUUGCCUGUCAACGAAA